AUAAUUAUAUAGCUCCAUUGAUUAUUCUUAAUUUAUACAUUUAAUAAUAUAUAUUAAUAUAUUUGUAAUGGGUUUUAGUGUAGGAUGACGUGUCGGUAGUUGGCUAACCAAUGUUAGCUACAGUAGCGAACUGUUUCUGUUGUUGCUAGCGAAACAUCAAGCAGUUUUUCUGAACACGGAAAAAAGAUUUGUUGGUUCAGUUAAGUUUUUUUUACCGAUGACCAAACGCUAAAGAAUUUCCAGCAGUGGCAGGACGAGUGAACACCACACGAACCAUCCGGUGACAUGCGUGUUCACGAGAAUUCGAGUGCUCAUACAUUCUUAGCUUUGUCAAUAAUGAGUCUGUCGUCACCACAUAUCUACGGUAAAUCUAACUAGAUAUUGUAAACUGGCUUUUGUGUACGUCGUACCAUAUUCCUCAUGUGACAUGUCCUCGCCAUCACCGGUCCAAAUUCGGGAGGCAAACGCACACUUAGCGGCUGUGCACAGGCGUGUAGCAGAGCUGGAGCAGCGGCUCGAGGCGGCGGAGAACACCGUGAGGGAGCAAGCAGAGAGUCUCAUCAGGAAAGAUGAGCAACUGAGGGCUGCUACUCAGGAGAUCACCGAGGCCAAGGAUAAGGAAAUGUACUACCUCCACGAGAAGCUGUGCAAGUCAGAGGAGACUAUCCAGAGGUUUCAGAACAUGGUUAAGGAGAGAGAUGGCAUGAUAGGACAGUUGCAACAUCGCUGCCAACUUCUGGACAACAUCUGCAAGAGCAGGCCUUUACUAGACAGUAUGCUGUCCCAUAUGGCUGAGGCGGAAAGACUUGGGCCAGUGAUAAGGAUAGGUGACCCCACUGCCAAUACAUCCCUCACAGACGGGGAGUCAAACUGCAGUCCCAACCGCAUCUCUAACCACAAAGACUUCUCCCUCAGUGAGGAUGACAUGGAUGACCAGGAGCUGGAUGAGAUACGUUUUGGAACAACUGUAUAGUACAAGGCUUCUGGGGAUAGCUAGGUUAGAGGUUUUAGAAGAACAUUUGGUUUUCAAGCAAGGGCACGAGUUAUUUCAAAACAUGCAUGUGGGUUUUUUUUUUAAUCUUGAAAAGGAAACUUGUGUACUCGCAAUUAGUUUUGUAUGUUUGGCAGAUUAAGUACAAUUAACAAUGUGAGAUAAAUGUGGGGCAGCUGCUUGACAUGCUAUGAAGCCUAUGAUGUAUCCAAAUAGAAAAACAAAUCUGCCUUGAUUGCGUCUUAACCGGACAAUAAUGAGAUGUCCAUAAUUUUCAUAUCUGAUGCUGUUGUUUCAAGUGCUAUGUUUUUGGAAAUUGUGUAAACAUGACCUCUGUUUAAGUUCAAGAGGUCUAAAACCUCUAAACCAUGUUGAACUUUGUGUGCAUUUGGCUGUAGUGUGCAAGUAUAAUUUAUUUUUUGCUGCAAAGUCACAGAUCAGUUUAUAGUGCUUGAUAUAUAUUUUUUUUUGAAAACUGAAUUACUGUAAACAUUACACAUUUAAUGGUCAAUCCAAGAACUCAUAUUGUUGUCAAUAUUUGCUUCAAUGAAGCAAAGUCUAUGCAAUGUUGAAGUUGAAUUACAUGUAACUCACAAAGUUACAAAAGCUGCAACAUAUUACAUUCUAAUAGGGUCAAAAGCAAAGUGGAAGCAAAUCUAUUUUUUCAUAUUGGUUGUUUAAGAGGAAAAAGUGUUAAGUUCAUGACAUCACAACUAUGCCUUGUUUGUGGUCUUUUCUUAUACCUUACUGUUUGCUUGGUCAGUAUAGAAGCAAUAUUAUAUAUUGUGUUGGAUUUGUAAAUCAUCAGUUGGCUAAUCAAGUUUGUCGUGUCUUUCAGUGCAAAAGCAUGAUUGUUCUACUGCUUAUACUGUUCAUGUUGUGAUCAUUGUACUUUUGCUUCACUGAGACAGUUGUAUGUUGCCUUUGAACUGUUCUGUGUGGCUGUUUGUUACCGUGCUUGGCUGUUUCCCAAAAAGCUUCGAAGUUCAUUUGAACCAAAAAAAAUCUCAUGGCUCUAAUGAUUAACUUGGCUCUAACAUGCUUUUGGGAAAACAGGCCAUAGUCGAUUGAAUUAGUAUUUUCUGAGAAAAUGAAUGUUUUGUUUUUUUUUUCAAUUCAACAGACCAGUCUGCUAUAUAAAAAAAAUUUAUACACUAUGUAGUUCAUAUUUUAAGAGAAUGAAUGUUAAUUGUCACAACUUUUACAUGUCAUCACCACAGUGGGACUUAACUCCUAAUAUAUGACACCAGAGGGAUUAUGUCAUGGAAGAUCAAUCAGGAAUAAAACCCUAAUUUUCCCUUUCCUUCA